AUGUCCCUUUCGGGUUGUGGGCCAAUCAUCAUCCAGCAGCGGCAGCACUCGCAAGCUCCACACGAGCGCGCGUGCACUGCAAGUAGUGUUUUGUUCACCGCCGUACCAGUGACCGAGAAUCCGAUGAAAACCAAGGAGCUGCAAUCUAUUCAGAAGUGCUGGCGAGAAGAUUUUAAAGAGGGGACGACUUCUGUGGAUGUGAGAGUACACGAGCCGCUAAAACUUAUUUCGAACGCGAGUUCUUCCGGUAAUCAGCAUGCGACCGAAAACUUGAUACUUCUGACUCGGGAGACUGACUUCGAGAGUUCUGUCUCGGAUUCCCAAAGCGGACAGAAAGGAGAACGUGAGGAGAGCCAUGAGUUUUGCGUCUCGCCGUGGGACAUGGAAAGAGUCUCAGAAGGAGGUGCCGUGACUCCAGGCAGAGUCUCGGAGGAAAAUGUGAACCAGUGCCUGAACACACCAGACUUUUUAGUAGACUUCAGCUGUUCGUCUCCGUUAGCAAACCAUAAAAUGACCAAAAGUACGUUGCAACCGUCCUCCGUGUCAGGUCGACUGGGUGGAGAAGUGGAGCAACACGCUUCAAACCCGUUCCCAAGGAUUAUUCCCACACUGAUAGUCACCCAUGAUGAUUUUGGACCCGGUCAGGACAGUCCUCACAUCGGUGAUUUGACUUUAAGCAUGGGCGGCUUUUCACUGGACCUGCAUCCCGAUGACGACUCGCCCUGCUCGGACAGCGGCUGCGGAGGCUCCCCUGCGCCCUCUCUGCUCCACAGGAAACUGUCCAGCUCCUCCUCGGCUGGAUUAUCCUCUGCCUCGUCGUUUGAGGAAUCUGAGGAUGAUUUCACGGGCAGUGACAUUGAGCCCGGCAGUCUUUCCCCCAACAUGAUCGGCAGUCCUGAUGAACUGACAGGGGCUAAAUCGUGGAGGAAGUUAAAGACCAUGGUGCACUGCUCUCCAUUUGUGGUCUCAUUCAAGAAACUAUAUCCUUGGGUUCAGCUCGCGGGCCACGCAGAUCAUUUCCAGGCAGGCGAGUAUGGGAAACUGUUGAAGAAGUAUUGUGAAUGUGAGCAGCAGUGUCUCGAUAAGCUGAUGAAUGACAACCUCCGGCCGUUUGUUCCUGGAUACUACGGUACUGUGCAGCAGAACGGCCAGGAUUACAACCUUAUGGAUGAUCUGCUGACACACUUCGACUCCCCUUCGAUCAUGGAUUGCAAGAUGGGAAGCAGGACAUAUCUGGAGGAAGAGCUGGUGAAGGCUCGUGAGCAUCCUCGUCUGAGGAAGGACAUGUAUGAAAAAAUGGUGGCAGUGGAUCCAGGAGCACCCAGUCCGGAGGAAAGAGCCCAGCAGGCGGUUCUCAAACCUCGAUACAUGCAGUGGAGGGAGACACUGAGCUCCACCGCCACUCUUGGCUUCCGCAUAGAGGGCAUCAAGAAAGCAGAUGGCACACGCAACACCAGCUUUAAAAAAACCAAACAUAAGGAGCAGGUGAUGAAGGCCUUGUGUGACUUUGUGGAUGGAAAAACACAGUUACUGAGGAGUUAUCUACAGAGACUGGAGGAGCUGCGCAGCGCUCUAGAGACGUCAGAGUUCUUCAGGACACAUGAGGUGGUUGGGAGUUCUUUGCUAUUCGUGCACGAUGCUUCAGGCCUGGCUCGAGUAUGGAUGAUAGACUUCGGUAAAACCAUCCCACUGCCACCAUCCCAAACCCUGGACCACCGCACGCCCUGGGCCGAGGGAAACCGGGAGGACGGGUACCUGUGGGGUCUGGACAACCUCAUUCAGAUCUUUGGAGACAUGCUGCAGGACGCGACCUCGCCCUGAUGGAUGUACAGAAACGUGCCUGAGCCCGAAGCAUCACGUGUAGGGACAUGCUGAUGGAGGGAGGCGCACAACAGGAUACUAGUCCUGAGAUGAGUGUGCUGUCGGAGAGAUAAAAGGCGAACAAAAUACGAGUGGAAAAAGUCUAGCACAUUUUGUUGUCAAGCUUUUAUUUUUUUAUUUUUUUGCACGUGUGGUCCUGCAGAUCCACAGAAGCUCCACCGCAGUCAAGAUACUGAACCCAAACAGACUUGAGGAGCAACAGAACUAUCGUUUUAAGGGCGCACCGCAAUGAUUAUUCGUUUAUGAAUAUAUGUCACGUUCACUUCCCUUUUAUUUUAUUUUUUUUUACCUACAAAAAUGAUAACACUAUCAAACUGGAAUGUGCUUUUUUCGUUUUUCGUUUUCCCUGUAAAUUUUUCUUUGGGUUUUUCAUGGUUAUGUAAAUAGUACUAAUUUAAUUUUCCUUUAUACAUGUAUAUUAUAAUAAUUAAGGUUUUUGCUUUCAUUUUGUUUUAUUUCUGUAGUCUUAAGCCAUACCUCAUUUAUUUCUGAAACGUGGUCCAAGUGCAAAACUACAGGCCGACUACUGCUUUUUUUUUUUUAUUUCCUGUGGUCGUCUAAUCUUGUUGACACAGAUCAGGUAUGAUAUUUCCAUGACUCAUAUGUCCUGUUGAAUUUAGCAGACUGUCACCAUUUAAACGGUUCAGUCAACAAAGCAGAAGUUUAAUUACUACCAAGCAGUUAACAGAUUGGCGUUCGUCAGAAAUAGGGUAGUAGAGUUCAGCACAAACAUUUUUUUGCACUUAACUUACCAAAGAGGACAGCUAAACCCUACCAAGAUUGUAUUUUAUUGACGAGAAAUAGAUGCAGUGUUUCUUAAAACUAGCCAUGGUUACAAAGACACAAAAGCUAUAUAACAGGUAUAAUUGAUAGUCAUACACUUGUUGCUGGAACAGCGUGUUCACACUUGUUUCAUUGGUUUUCAAGGUAACCAAUCAGACUGGCCGGUUUGCAGUGUUAGUCAUAUGGUUUGGUUUCUAAGUUAGCCAAAUGCAUGCAAAUUCAGAUUAAGUCUGAGAGGUUAACCCUCUUAAUGUGGACCAAUGACUAUUAAACUGAUAUUUUUAUUCUUUAAAUAAAUAGUUUUGUGAGCAUUUGUGUUGGUACACACAGCAGAAUGGCCUCCAACAGCAGAUCUUUCGACACCAUAAUACGCAGGAGUUCAGCUUUGUAGUGAUCACGGCUUAUUUGCAUGAACAAAUCUGAUGGUUGAUCUCUCAGCUGUGGUGGAAAAUGUAUUUUGGUGUGCAUGAGCGGAUUGUAAGUGUUAGGGCCACUGAUGUCAUCUCACUGCCGAUGCACAGUAGUUCUCAAAUUAGGUGCUGUGGUCAGCUUAAAUAAAAAAAAAGACAAACAAAACAUUUUUUCCAUCGUCACUUCAUGUUUGCUUCAGGUUGUAACUCUGAAAUACUCAAUUUCAGACAAAAAAAGAUGAUAUCCUCUUGCACAAUAUCACAACAACCAUCAUUUUAAAGUGAUUACCUCAUCUGGAUACUUUUUGUUGAUGUUGGUUUACGAAAUCUGGUGUUCUACCACUGUUUUAUUUUUUAUCCUAGCUUCAGAGAUUGUAUUUUCUGUCGUGAGCGGACCUGCACACUGUCGGUUGGUGUAUCUGUCAACAUUCCAACACAACAUUCCAACUGUCAUUAUUUCCCCAUCUGACUGGUGAACAAAAUGUCUCACACAUUCUUUUGGAGAUCCACGUCAUUGUUUACAGGUUAUACAAAGUAUUGUGUGUCAUACAAAAUGUUGAAAUAAGUGUUGAAAUACAUGUUUUAUAUUGGAAAGAGAACUGGAUGGUGUGAUGCCUUUUUGAGUUGUCUCAACCCAUUUAAUACAAUUUGAGAUAACUUGCUGACAUGCUGAGCACCUGUACUUACAUCACCUUGAAUUGUUGUCUUGAAAGCCAAUAAUAUAAUCCAAUAAACUGGAACUAUUAUUC